AUGCCCGAUUGCGCUGAAGCAGUUCCACCGAUUCCUGAUCUUCCAGAAGCUGAUCCCAAUUGUUCGAUGAAGAUACCGAUUCGCAGACAGGCAUUACAUGCCCUGUACCACUGGAUCAAGGUGCAGGGGAUCGGUAUGCAUCCAAUGAUACCGUACCGCAGAGAGUUUCAACAAACACUGUACCGCCGGAUACACACACGGGUACAGAGGGUACAGAUGCCCCAGCUGCAUCUGCGGUCACCGAAGGCCACCGAUAUAGGAUACGUUCAAGCUUGGUACGACUCUGUUAUGCCUACGUCUGUGGAUAAUGAUGUGCGUCAUGAUCAGCUUAUCACUGAAUCCAGUGAGUUGCAGAUUGCUAUAGUAGACACUCUGAAGUGCAUACUUAUCAAGAACUAUCGUGUUGUGCUGCAGCAUUAUCAAGACUACAGGCGGGUUACCUGGAAGCAAGGCGUGCGG